UUCAGGGAAAUCACUCUGACCCGCCUCCAGCACAGUUGAGCAUACACACACUGCCGUCUCUGUCCUCACAGAACUCUCACCUUUAGAGAAGCAAUGAAGGAUUUAGUUUUACUGCUGGUUUUUCUCCAAACUUUAAUGGUUCGGACGAGCUCGCUGCCCUAUGUAGCUGACGCCAACCGAAUCUGUCCCCGGUCUGAAAGGUACGUCACAGAUUCAAACCUGUGCUGCAGCCGAUGUCCCCCCGGACAUAAGCUGAAGACGGAAUGCACUGAAAGUACUGACUCAGUCUGUGAACCAUGUGGACCAGAGCAGUACUUGGAGAACUGGAACUUUGCUAUAAACUGCUUGUCCUGCAUCAAAUGCAAAGCAUCGAAGGGUCUGCAGGAAGAACGAAGCUGCUCCCCCACUAAAAGGACCAAAUGUAGGUGCAUGCCGGACAGGUACUGUGUAAUGAGCUCUAACGGCCAGUGUCAGGAUUGUACCGCCUACAAAAAAUGCAAAAAGGGAUUUGGAGUAUUUGUGAAAGGGACAGAUACGUCUAAUGUAAUAUGUAAAAAGUGUCCAGAGGGGACUUUCUCUGACAUUGUCUCCUCCACAGAAGCCUGCAAAAACCACUCGAUCUGCGAUGAAAGACACAUUAUCAGUAAAGGCAAUGCUACUUCAGACACAGUAUGCAAACCUGCUGCAAGCAACCCAUAUACCAAACCAGAAACUACAACAUUACCAGUAACUAAGCGUGUGAAGGCAACCACAAUGAAAUCACAGCCAUUUACCAAACAAAUCUCAAACUACACACAUUUGUUGAGUUCUACAGCAGAACUUCCCAAAGUGAGAAAAGAAGAAGAGCCGCUGGAUCCUGGACCAGAUAAGCAAUUAGCUACACUCUUUGGAAGUGUUGCUGGUGUCAUUCUGCUUCUUAUUGUAGUAGGCCUGCUACUACUCUGUAAACGAGUCUUCAAGAAAGCUACAGUAGAUUUUCCUAAAGUGGAUGCAAAUGGAAACUGUGACACUGACAGUAACAAUACAAACCUCUGUGAGCUCAGGGAUACUGAAAGUUUGUCAAUCAAAGCUGUGCAGCCAGAACAACUGGGUCUUCUUGAGAAUGGGGAUGCCUACUGCAUCGGCAACUUUAAUGGGCAACUACAAUCAACAAUACCUGUUUACCAACCUCAAUCUGCUUUGUCUGAGCCUCUUCCUCUCCAGUCCAAUGUGGAUCAAGUUGUUUCCCAAACUGGUACAAGUUUGCAGUCUUCUUCACAACCCACAAGUCCACAAAGUAUGGCCCCUAGUCCUCUGGUCAAUGUUAACAUCAAUUUGCAUAUCGGGAAUGGGACAUGUACAUCUCCAGCGGUGAUGCUCAGCGACACAGCAACAGCAGAGCCUAAAAUCCCAUUUGGAGAGGAAGAGGAGAGCUGUAGUCUUCUACAGCAGGAAGAUGGCAAGCACUCACUGCUGUCUGUAGAAGAAAGUGGAAGUUAUAAUAAUAUGUCAUUUAAAACACUAGACCAGUUUGUGUAAAUAGUUGGUUUAAAAGGGUGUGGAAUAUAGGUUCGUUGUAGGUUUGAACAAAACUUUGAACAGAAAGGCGCACUUGACAAGGCGUGAGGUAGUGUCUUGUUGAUGUUAAAGUCAGAUUGCUGUGUACAGAGGAGGGACUGAACGAGGUCUGGGAGGUCUGCACAAAAGUAUUAAUGUAAAAAGUUUUAAAUAAUUGUAAAAUAAGAAAGGUAUCACUGUAAAUUCCUAAAGUACAUACUUGCUUGUUUUGGGUUGUGUUUUUUUGUUUUUUUUGUUUUACUUUUUUUCUGGCUGCAUUGUUAAACAGUAGAGAAUUGCAGAAAGGACUACCAGUCGUGAUGACAUAUGAAUGCGUCACUAAAUAGUGAAAUGAGCUAAAAGGGAAAUUAAUAUGUGUGGGUGUGGUUGAUUUGAAAUAAUUCAUCAGAAAAGUUCUCAUUAAAGUUCUAUCCUAAUGUAAAGAAAGCAAACAUCGUUGUACAAUUGUAAAGUAAAAGUAAAAGAAACGGGGGAAAAAAUCAAGGAAACUGAAAAAUGCAAGUUGUUUCAACUCAGAAAUAAACUCUUGCAAUCUUGUUUUUCCUAUAUAAAA